AUGUUCAUAACUUUUAUAUUUCUUUUGCUUAGUACAGUCGCAUAUGCUUAGUGGCAGCUUGUAAGUGAGGAUCUGCUUGGCUUCUCCGUUUCUGGAGCUAAUUGGAAUUAUAGAGGUUCCUGUGAUUGGAUCAGUGGGUCUAUGGGUGGAGGUGGAUCUGUUGGGAGUUGUGCAGAUAAUGACAUCGAAUACAUUUACGUAGGGAAUUACAAUGAUAGAGCCUACUACUCAGUUUUAAAUUUGCCUCCGCAUUAUUAAGUCAAAGUCAUAGUGGAUGGCUAUUUUUUAGAUUCUUCUAGUAGUAGUUUCUAUACUGUUGCUUAUGAUGUCUAAGGAUCAUCAACAUCUACUUAUACAUUUCAAUAUAAGGAUAAUACUUUAGGAACAUUUCAAUAAGUAUGCAAAUCAUCAAAUUGGAAUAAUUUUGAGAUAUAAACAUACUAUCUGACUUUCUAGCAUAAUGAUAACACAGAAAUUAGAUUUAGAAUUUGUGGAACAAAUUUUGGUAGUAAAAAUUAUGGUUCAAGAGGAUUAUAGAUUUAUGUUAAUAAAUGUCAUUGGUCAUGCUUAAAAUGCAGUUCUAGCAAUGCUGCUAAUAAUUGCUUGGCCUGCUUUACAAGUCCUUCUACUACCUUAGGUUCCCCUUCGACCUGUAGUAGUUGUCCUGCCAAUGCAGCCUUUAUUGAAUACCUAGAUGAUACAAAAAGCUGUGUAGUUGAAUGCCAUUACUAUCGAGUUCCAGAUUCGAAUAAGGUGUGCUAAUUUAAUGAGAAUAUGUUACCCUAUACAACCUACUUCGAUACUACAACAUUCAGUUCCACAUCUCCAUGGGUGUUUAUUCCAGAUCCAAUCAUCUUCAAUUUGGUUUAUUCCCAAAAGAUUAGCACUAUUUCUUGUUAAACGAGCAAGAACUUUGUUGGUCCUUUCUUCUAUAAUGAAGGAUUUAGUGUGACCCUCUCAGUUCCUUAGAAUAUAUCUUACGUUCGAUUUAGAGCAACAAUUAUAAAACUAAACAGUUGGAUCGAUUAUUCAGCAGUUCAUGUUUUUUAUGAUAACAUAGAGUUUGCAUCGGUAUACACUUUAAGUCAAGUACUCACUGGUCGAAAUGCUGAUCAGCUUUACUCUGAUUCUAAUUGUACAACUCCAACAGUUGGCUAUUAUAGAUUAGAAGCUAAAUUAAAAUCAAACAUAACAAAUCCAGUAUUGCGUUUAUAAGGAUCGAUGGAUUUAGCUGGCUCCCAAUCAUGGGGCUUCCGAGAUGUUGUCAUGGAUGUCAUGAAAUGCUAAUCAUCGUGCAGUUGGUGUGAUUUUGAUCUGAAAUGUUACGCUUGUUCAUCAGGGUUUCUUUAUAAAAAUAGAUGUGUACCUAGUUGUCCAACACAUUCAGUAUAAACUACAGGUGUUUGUACUGAUUUCAAUGAGGCAAUCGAUAAUUCCAGAUAUAUAAUAAAAGCAUUCUAUGAUUCUUCAAAUACUACUGAAACUGAUGUACCCACUAUUGUAGGAACAAUGACAACUGGAACAGCAGAUUUUUAAACUUCAGAUCAUUUUCUAAGCACAACUGGUGAUGUGUAUUUUAGUUAUUACUUGGGGAAAAGAGUAUUAGGAGGUCCUAUUGUUUGGUACAAAGCUACAUUUACUAGAACUUUCACUUUAAAUCCACAUUAUAAAUUUAGAUUGAAAUUUACAUUAGUUUUGGGAGAUAAUUUUGCAGGAAAUUUUCAAUAUACUGUAGGAGGAUUUUCAUAGACUAUAGUAUAUAGUGACUGUGCAAAUACGGCUAAUAAUGUUGGUAAGACUCAAUAAGAUAAGUUCAUCACUAUUGAUAGAACAGAAGUACACACAGCAAGCAGUUUUUCAGUUAUGCUUAAAUGCGGUUCAACAGCAGCAUAAGUUAAGGAUAACUUUUGCAUUGUUUAUGAUUAUUUUAUUAUCGUCUUAGAAUGCACUGAAUAUUGUACUGCUUGUACUGGUCCAACAUGGGCAUAAUGCACAGGAAAAUAAACAUUGCCAACAGGUAUGGCAUCACCAUCUACCUGUGUUGAUAAUACCUAUUAUUUUGAUAACACAGUAUCACCUGCUGUGUGCAAAACUUGCACACCUUCUUACUGUUUAUAAUGCUAAAAUUCUUAUAUUUGUACCAAGUGUGCUACUAACUUUUAUUUGUAAAAUGGAAAUUGCUAAUGCUAUCCUUGGACCUAUUUAACUGGUUCCAAUACUUGUGCGAGUUGUCAUGCUUUAUGUGAUUCAUGUUAUGGUCCAAAUAGUAAUUAGUGUUUGUCUUGUAAAGGGUCUUAACAUAGAUAUUUGAGUAACAAUGUUUGUGUUUGUUAAAGUAAUUACUAUGACGAUGGUGCAAAUUAUAUUUGUCAAUCAGUUUGUGGGGAUAUGGUAGUCACUGAUGGAGAAGACUGUGAUGAUGGUAAUACAACCAGAUUUGAUGGCUGCAAUAAUUGCAAAUUUGAGUGUUAAAAAGAAUGUUAAACUUGUGUUAAUGGAUAAUGCUCAGUUUGUAUUUCUGGUUAUACACUUUAAAAGACAAUGAAAAGAUGCUUUCCUACAUGUGGAAAUACUUCGAUUGUUAGUCAAGAGUAAUGUGAAGAUAAUAAUCUGACUCCUUAUGAUGGAUGUUAUAAUUGUUAAUUUUAAUGCUAACUUCAAUGUACAAAUUGCAUCUAUGGAAAAUGCUAUGAUUGUGAUAAUUCUAUUGGAUAUUAUAUUAAUUUAGCUACUUUUAGAUGUGUUACUUUUUGUGGGGAUUAAAUUCUCGCAGGCACAGAACAGUGUGAUGAUGGAAAUAAUGACCCUUUUGAUGGUUGCAGUUAUUGUGUAUUUUCAUGUGAUAAUUUUUGUGAUUUGUGUAUCUAAGGUGUUUGUACCAAAUGCAAAUCGGGAUUCUCAUUGUUGAGCAAAAGCGGUGAAUGCGCCCCAAUUUGUGGAGAUAAAAUUGUUACAUAUUACGAGGGAUGUGAUGAUGGCAACUUACUUAAUUAUGAUGGUUGUGAUUCAUGCAAUCUCACUUGCUAAGAAUAAUGUACAUCUUGCUUAAUGGGAACCUGUUAUGAAUGCAACACCCCUGGAUAUUAAUUAAAUAAAAAAUUAUAGAGAUGCAUUCCAAGUUGUGGGGAUAAUGUUUUUACUUCCAUAACUGAGUCUUGUGAUGAUGGCAAUUAAACAAUAGAGGAUGGCUGCUUUUAAUGUAAAUAUGAAUGUUAGGCUGAAUGUCUGACAUGUGCAGCAGGAAUCUGCUAUAGAUGCAAGUCCAACUUUUACCUUAGUUCUGACAAUAUUUGUCUUCCUGUUUGUGGGGAUGGAGUUAUUUCUAAAUAUGAAUCCUGUGAUGAUUACAACUUUGUUAUUGAGGAUGGGUGUUCGAAUUGCUCUUAUUAAUGUGAAUAACCUUGUGCUUAAUGCUCUUUUGGUGUAUGUGUAUCAUGUCAAACUGGAUAUUAUUUGAAUCAAUCGAAAUAGAAAUGCUUUCCUAUUUGUGGCGAUUAAAUGAUCUAUGGAGAUGAAUAAUGCGAUAUCGGCAUCAUACAAUUCGAUGAAACAAUUAAAAAUAACACAGGGUGUAUUAGUUGUAAACUCUAAUGUUCACCUUAAUGCGAAAUUUGCACCUAAGGCUUAUGUUUGAAAUGUAGAGAAUCUUUGGGAUGGUAUUUAGAUUCCGAAACAUCAAUUUGUUACAGCAAAUGUGGAGAUUCAAUUAUAAAUGAUUAUGAGUAAUGUGAGGAUUCUAAUUCUCAGCUCAAUGAUGGAUGCAGUCAAUGUCUUUUCAAUUGUUAACAAGAAUGCUCAGUAUGUAUUUUUGGAAUAUGUUAUCAAUGCAUAUCUGGUUAUAAAUUAAUUAACUCAAAAUGCUAGUCAGUAUGUGGCGAUGGGAUAAUAGCUGGCAAUGAAGAAUGCGAAAUAGGAUUGAUAGAUUUUAAUGGAUAUGAAUGCGUAAAUUGUAGAUACAAAUGUUCAGAAGGUUGUAAUAAUUGUGUCUAGGGUAAAUGUGUAGAAUGUAAAAAUAGUUAUGGAUGGUAUUUAAAUUAAAAUAAUUAAUGUGAAUCAAAAUGUGGUGACUUAAUUAUCAGUAAUGUUGAGAGCUGCGAUGAUAACUCAGAAUCUUGCGAAAGUUGUAAUUUUGUCUGCGAUGAUAACUGCAAUUCAUGUAACUUUGGAAUCUGUUAAAGUUGUAUAACAGGAUACUAACUACUGUUAAACUAAUGUGUUAACAUUUGUGGUGAUUAAAUAUAAACUUAAAAUGAGGAUUGUGAAAACGACGAUAUCCUCCCAUUUGAUGGAUGUUCUUUCUGUUAAUUCUAAUGUCAAAGUUAAUGCUUAAAAUGUAUAAAUGGGGAAUGCAUUACAUGUGAUGAAAGUAUUGGAUGGUAUCUAUAAAAUAAAAGAUGCGAGACUAAAUGUGGUGAUGGUAUUAUAGCUGAAUUGGAAGAAUGUGAUGUUAAUUUAAACAUUGACAACGGAGAUAUAUCAUCUAAUCAAUGUUUUAAUUGUCGAUUAGCUUGUGUUUAAAAUUGUGUAGAUUGUGAUAGGGGAAUUUGUAAAUAAUGCAAAAAUGGUUACUAUUUAAAUGAUUUAAAUGAAUGUGAAAAUAUAUGUGGUAAUUAAACUCCUGAGGAUUUUGAAGUAUGCGACGAUGAUAACCUUGAUGGUUUUGAUGGUUGUUUCUAAUGCUAAUAUGACUGUUAACCUGAAUGUUAAGUUUGUCUUUAUGGAUAGUGCAUGUAAUGUUAAGACGGAUUCCUAUUUGAUAAAGAUUCUGCUCUGUGUAAAUCUACUUGUGGAGAUAUGAAACUCACAUAAUAUGAAGAAUGUGAUGAUGGUAAUGAUGUACCUAAUGAUGGAUGUCAUAAUUGUAUGUAUUCCUGUACUGAAAAUUGCAAUACUUGCGUCAAAGGAAUUUGUUACGAUUGUAUAUCAGGAUUUGUGCUUGAGUUUCCAAAAUGUGUUCCUGAUUGUGGAGAUACAAGUCUUACCGAUAAUUUGGAUUACUGUUAUUAAAAAGAAUGUUAAAGAGAAUGCAUAAUUUGUAUAAAAGGAUCUUGUUAUUAAUGUUAAAAUGGAUGGUAUUGGAAUGAAGUAGAGUAUACUUGUGAAAGCAUGUGCGGAGACAAAAUAAUAGUUGGGGAUGAAUAAUGUGAUGUGCCUGUAAGUUAUGCAAGAGGUGAUUUCUAUUGUAAUAACGAAUGUUAAUUUGCAUGUCCUGAUAAUUGUAUUACUUGUUCAUUUGGUAUUUGCCAUCAAUGUUAAAGUGGCUAUUACUUAAUAGAGAAUAAAUGUGAUAGUUAUUGUGGUGAUAUGGUAACGACAGUAUAGGAAGGAUGUGAUGAUGAUAACAAUGUACCAUUUGAUGGAUGUUUUUAAUGUCGAUAUGAUUGUGAAGAGUAAUGUACUUUGUGCAUUAAAGGAAAAUGCGAGAUUUGUCAAAGUGGUUAUGACUUAAUUAAUGAUCGUUGUGUUUCUGUAUGUGGAGAUGGUAUAGUUACUGUUGAUGAAGAUUGCGAUGAUCAAAAUUCUAUUAAGUAUGAUGGUUGCAAUGAAUGUAAAUUUGAGUGUGAUUAAAAUUGUUAAUUUUGUGAAUUUGGUAAAUGUGUAUUUUGUUCAAAUGGAUUUUAAUUAAUAAGUUAGAUUUGCAUCUCGGUUUGUGGAGAUGGUUUUAUUGUUGGAAAUGAGAAAUGUGAUGAUGGUAAUUUAAUUGAUGAAGAUGGGUGUUUUGAAUGUUAAUAUGCAUGCCAAUCAUAAUGUUAAACUUGUUUAUAUGGAUCAUGUGUUUUAUGCGAAGAAGAAAAAGGAUGGCAUCUAACAUCAUAAGGAGAUUGCUAAACUCUAUGUGGAGAUACAAUUGUAUCUGGAAUUGAAUAGUGUGAUGAUGGAAAUGAGUUGAAUUAUGAUGGGUGUUAUGAGUGCAAUUAUAUUUGCUAACCAGCUUGCACUAAAUGCAUCACUGGUUAAUGUUAUGAAUGUAAUACACCAGGAUGGAGACUAGAUAAUUAUUAUUGUUGGGAAAUUUGUGGAGAUGCAUUAAAAGUUGGAAUUGAAGAAUGUGACGAUGGUAAUGAUGUUCCUUAUGAUGGAUGUUUUUAAUGUAAAGCAUAAUGCGAAGAGGCUUGUACAGUUUGCUUUGAAGGAUAAUGCUAGGAAUGUACAUUUGGUUGGGCAUUAAAUGAUAAACAUAGAUGUGAAACAAUAUGUGGAGACAAGUAUGUAGUACCUAGAUAUGAGGAUUGCGAUGAUGGCAAUCUCUUACCUUAUGAUGGAUGCUUUGAUUGUAAUUAUUAAUGUGUUUAAUAUUGUACUGAUUGCAGAAAAGAUGUAUGUUAUGAAUGCAAUACACCUGGAUGGACUUAUGAUGAUAAAACUCUGGUCUGUAUCCCUAUUUGUGGAGAUGGAGAAGUCAAUGGAUAUGAAUAAUGUGAUGAUGGAAACGCAAUUUAAAAUGAUGGUUGUAGUAAUUCUUGUGAAUAUUAAUGUCAUCUAGCUUGUCUUAAUUGUGAUAAAGGUAUAUGCUUAAAAUGCGAUCGCUAUUUGGGAUAUUUUGAAUCAAAUAAAUAGUGUUCAUCUAAAUGUGGAGAUGGACUUUGGCAAUAAAAUACAGAAUAGUGCGAUGAUGGAAACCUAGUAAACUAGGACGGUUGUGAUAGUGAUUGCAAGAUUGAAGUUGAUUGGUAUUGCGAAAGUUAAGCUUUGCAAAUUAGUAUUUGUAUUUUCAAAAGAUAACCAACUAUUUAAUUGAAGCUUUUGGAGUAAAAGGAAGGCCAAUCUAAAAUAGAAGUGACCUUCUCAACUUAAAUGAUGCUUCAACCUAAUUUUGUUUUGGUUGAAAAUGAAAAUGAUCUCACUGAUAUUUAGUAAGUUCUCUUCUUUAUCACUGUUGAUGAAUUAACGUAAGGGGAUUUUGAAUAUAGCAUUGAACCUGUAGUUGGUAUUUAGAAUUUUCCUUAAGAUAUUAAAUACAUCGUCAAUUUGAAUCUCUUAAAGAAUGUUUAAGAUGAUUAAAUCAAUGUCUUAGUAAUGGUUGAUAAAAGAUUAAUUAUUACUGAAGAUUAUGUCAAUUUGGAUAAAAAUUCAGAUUAGAUUAGAAUACCUGUUCCAUUUAUUUUUAGUUCCUAUUCUUAAAAAGUAGUUGAACUUUUUUCGAAUACAAAUGAAAUUUCUAUAUACGCAGCUUUGGGUGUCUCUGCUUUCAGUAUAUUUUCAACAGGAUAUUCCAAUCUCUUCAUGACUCUUGAUACAAUCUAAUAUCUCUAUUAUACCAGAUAUAUCAAUCUGGAAUUUCCUGAUAAUUUGUAAUAAACAAUGGACAAUCUAAAAAAGUCUUCAUUGACCUAAAUGGUCAAUAAUAGACUUGGAGAUACAGGAUUACCAAAAUCAAUCACUGCAUAACCUAAUUAAACAGUUUAAGAAAUGCCAAAUAAAUUCAAGUCUGAUAAUUUAUAAUAUUAGUUUUCUUCAAAUAUAAAAGCAACAGCAGUCACCUUAUCAUUAGGUCUGAGUGUUUUUUUAACAACUUUAACAUUAUCCAAAUUACUGCAUUUGAUUCCUCCCCACAAACUUAAUGAUCUUGGUUCAAUCAUUGGAGGUGGAAUAUUGAAGUUUCGAUCAAAAUGUACCAAGAUGUCUAAUGACUUCGUUUAUUCAGGAGCUAUUAGAUUAGUUACAAUUAAUUUCUAUGAAAUGCAAUUUGCGUCAUUACUAUAAUUAACACAUGUUGAUUUCACCUCUAGUAGUGAUAUUGCUAAUUCAAGUGGAGCCAUAGCUACACUAGCCUUCACCUUUGUAUUUACCAGCUUACUCACUCACAGAAUAAGAUAAAUCUAAACUAAGUAAUCUCUCACAAUGAAACAUUAUAUAAAGACUCUUUUGCAACAGGAUGACAAAAAUCUGUAGAAAUCAACAUGGCAAAUGUAGUAUAAUACAAUACUGCUUGCCAAAAAGUCGUUAUUUAUGUUUGCGAUCGUUUGUUUCUAAAACUAAGGCUUAUAUUAAACAAUUGUAGUUGCUACGUAAGCAGCAGGGUUUGCUACUUAUUUGGCUGUAUCUUCACCAUUUUCAAAUAAUGAAGAUUAAAUUAAAUAAAUGAUUACAGAACUGGGAAUGCUUGCAAAUUCUCUAAGUUUUUCUACUUACUAUACAUACGAAUACUUUUCGAUAUCAAAAGAAAGCUUAAAUUAAUUAGGAUGGUUCAAUAUAGGCAUUUUUACUACCAUUUUGACUUCAAAUUUGACAAUUGAUGCUGCAGCCUAAAUUAGGGUAAUGUACAAGAAAGCAAAGAAAGUCUUUGAUAGGUUUUUAGAAUCUUAAAUGCCCUCUUAAUCCAGAGUUUAACCAAUUUUUGUUUGA